CCGUCGAGAGGCCAUGACGCGGCCAGCUGCCCGUGGCGGUUGGUCUUUUUUAUAGCCAACGGUAGGCGGACCGCUGCCGGACCGUUAGGUUUCAGUUGGACCUCCGGAGAACAGGGCGCGACCUUCGGGGACGUUGUCAUGGAUCUGACGCGGCUGGCUGUGGAUGCCGGUCAGUUCAUCAACCGGGCGGUUCAGUACACGGAGGAGAGCCUCGGGCAGGCGGAGAAGACGGACUUGGACCCCGGGCUGGAGGAGCUCUUUGCCCGGGCAGACGCCACCAAGGCCGGGACAGACCAGAUCAUCUCCCAGACUGAGGUUUUACUGCAGCCCAAUUCUGGAGCACGGUUAGAGGACCGGCUGUAUGAGCAUCUGGACUGGAGCGUCCCCCCUCGGCCUCGUGCACAUGAGCUACUGGGAGACCAAAUGACCCAGGCUGGGCUGGAGAUGGGAUCCAACACGCCCUAUGGGACUGCACUGAUCAGGUGUGGAGAGGCUCAGAAGCAGCUUGGCGAGGCAGAGAGGAAGUUUGUCCAAAGCACUAACAUCCACUUUCUCACCCCUCUGAGGAGUUUCACUGAGGGGGAGUACAGAGCCAUGCAGGAUGAGCACAAGAUGUUGGUAAAGAAGCGUUUGGACUUGGACAUAGCUAAAACCCGACUGAGAAAAGCACAUGAAGCCGACAGAGAGGGCAGAAACCUGAAUGCGAACCCGCUGGAUAACGACUACUUGUCUCAUGUCUCCUACAUGUUCAGCUUCCUGCGUGUUAAAUGGCUGAAGAUGUGGGCUCAGGAAAUCGCUCAGGCAGAGAUGGAGCAGAGGAUCUGUCAGAGUCUGUUCGAACGACAGUCAGAGAUGACAAGACGAGUUGUGGAAGGAAUCAGCAACACUCACACCAACCACAUGAGGAGCCUGACUGAAUUUGUGGAAGGUCAGGCCUGUUACUUUGACCAGUGCAACCAACAUGCUCAGGAGCUUCAGAAGCAGCUGGCCAGCAUUCCAGCAGUCCUCUGCUCCAGUAACUGGCAGUCAGCAAUAAGUACUGAAGUUAAUCAGCCGUCCACAAGCAACCAUGUAGCCAAUGAGCCCGUUGGGUUAAAUCAGGUCACCCCGAUUCCCAUAGUCGUCCAUCAAAUUCCAGACUUCGACCAGGACUCAUGGAAUUCAAAUCCACCCACGGCAACUGAAAAAAACACACAGCCAAAUAACAACAACAACAACAACAACAACAUUAUUUUCUGAUGGCCAAGCAACCAGCUACUCAUCAGUGGUUAAUCAAGUACUUGAUCAUGUCUGUACAUCAAAUUCGGGUCAGUUAUCAGCACUCAGCAGAACAGACAGCACACAAACCAACGGAGCAACUGCUGCAAUAACCAAUGGAGCUGGUAGUCAGACGACAACAACUUCCCCACCUUCUGAACUCGGUGGAAACGAGUCUCAGACAGCAAAUGCAGUAGCUAGUGACACCAUAACAACCGAUAACAUGGUCAUUGAGACUUUGACAACCAAUGGCACGGCUGCUGAGCAACAAAAAAACAAUGAAACCACAAGCGAGGUUAACGGAGAAGAUGUCCUGGAGUCAUCAACAGCCAGUCAGGACGUGGCUCAGUAGAAAUGAAUGUGGGAUAUGACGGCUGGCCAAAAUCAUGCAAGCUGAGUUUGAUUGCUGCUUCAGCUGAUUUAGACCAGUGGUUAUUGACAUUGUAGAUCCAAGAAGUAUAAAGGAACAGACACACAAUCAUAAUAACAUGUGGUCUGGUAAAAAUAAAUAAAAAAAUGUAAGUAAUCCAGUAGGGAAGAUAACGUAAAGUGGUUGUAAAAGUGCUUAAUUUUUCCAAAAGUGAUUUAGUGCCGCAAUCAUUUUAGCCUUUCAACAGUACUCAUUUAUUAUUCAUGUUGUAUGAAAAUGAUGACUGUUGUGUAUCAGUUCCCUCUUGUGGCAAUGGAUGUAAUAUUUCCGGACAAACUGUUAUAUUUGCAAUGUGUGAUUGUGAAGAGUAGUUUUUCUGUGAAACUAAAUCUUUAUUUACGUUGCGCUAAAUGAGAGAACUAAUGACGCUUUGUGCCAAGUGUAUAUGCGUGUGUGUGUGUGUGUGUUAUUGUUGGUGUGAAAAAUACCAAUUCAUGUGUGAAUGUCUGUGUGUUUGUGUCCAUGUCUGUCGGUGACCCAUGCUCACAAUGUCACUUGUGUUUACAGCUUACCCAAACCUGUUACCCCUUGAAAGAGGUGUGUGUGUGUGUGUGUGUGUGUGUGUGUGUGUGUGUGUGUGUGUGUGUGUGUGUGUGUGUGUGUGUGUGUGUGUGUGUGUGUGUGUGUGUGUGUGUGUGUGUGUGUGUGUAACUCUUCCUCCUCUCUACUUGCGUUACUGCAAGUUGAGGUCAUUUUCCAUAUGAAACAUAUUAUUUGCAUGUGUUUGGGAGUCCAGCGAGGUGCCAAAACACCAAGCUGAACGGGACCCUUUAUGCUGUAGCAUGGUAUGAAGUAUGUUUCGUCAUAUACGCACUGGGUGUUUUCCCCUGCACAGUCAAAUCACAUACUCACUUUUACCCUUUUACCCUAUUAAAGCCCCCACUAGGUGAAAUGGGUAGACGUUUCCAAGUCCAGAUGUUGUUCAUUUUCUUCGUGAGGGCAGCCCCGCUCCAACGUGGUGUGGGUCCACUCGAGGGACCCAGGAUGGAAACACGCAAAUUAGUACUGACCCUAUCUGAUGUAAUCACACAAUUCUCCUCGCUGCCAGCUUUAAACUGCGCAUCCAUGCUGUCGUAAUUCAGUCACAUGUUGUCCAGUGACCUGAUGUCAGUGUAAGGUUUGAUUCCUGUAAAGAGGUGGAAAUAAAUAU